CUAUGUUUUUUCCCUUAAUUCAGGUUGAAGAGGCGCGAACCAAAGUUUCUGAAACGUCUACAAGGAUGUAUAACAGUGUUCUGGAAGCCCAUGAAAAGUCUAAGGACUUGGAUAAGACAUAUAAAGAUCUAACAAAAGAUGUUCAAGGUUUAAACAAAGAGAAAGAAUCAAUUGACAAGCAGCGAUCUGAGGCAAUACAGAAGCGCACACAGCUUGAACUUGAUGAUAAAGAUCUACGAGAAAAAAUGUCUGUGAAUAUUAAGGCCAAGGAGGAUGCAGCAAAACAGCUUGAGAUUCUACAGAGAGAAAUUCAAGACUCAACAGAGGAGCUUCACAAAAUUACUCCUUUGUACGAUGAGAAAGUCAUAGAGGAGAAGGAGAUAUCUAAAGGAAUAAUGGAGCGUGAAAAGCAGCUUAGCAUUCUUUAUCAAAAACAAGGUCGAGCUACUCAAUUUUCUAGCAAAGCUGCACGUGAUAAAUGGCUUCAAAAGGAAAUUGAUGAUCUUGAACGAGUUCGUUCUUCGAAUAUGGUUCAGGAGAAAAAACUCCAGGAUGAAAUUCAUCAACUCAAUACCGAGGUGAAAGAAAGAGAUAUCUACAUUGAUAGUCGCAAAAAGGAAAUUGAAUUGUUACAAUCACUCAUCUCUCAGUCUCGUGAUGGUUUCAACGAUUACAAGGCACAGAGAGACAAGCUGCAGGAUGAGCGGAAGUCCUUAUGGGGGAAAGAAAGUGAACUCUCUGCUGAAAUUGAUAAGCUAAAGACAGAAGUUGUAAAAGCCGAAAAGAGUCUUGACCAUGCAACUCCUGGUGAUAUUAGGAGAGGACUGAAUUCUGUUCGGAGGAUAUGCAGAGAGUUCGAAAUUCAUGGAGUCUUUGGUCCAAUUUUUGAGUUACUUGACUGUGAUGAAAAAUUUUUCACUGCUGUCGAAGUUACUGCUGGAAACAGCUUAUUCCAUGUGGUGGUUGAAACUGAUGAAGUAUCAACCCAGAUAAUUAGGCACCUUAAUGCAUUGAAAGGUGGACGGGUUACUUUUAUACCACUGAAUAGGGUGAAGGCUCCACAUGUGGCUUAUCCGCAGAGCUCUGAUGUGAUACCUUUAUUGAAGAAAUUGAAAUUCUCACCUAAUUAUACUCCAGCUUUUGCCCAGGUAUUUGCUAGAACAGUGAUUUGCCGGGAUUUGGAUGUCGCUACAAGGGUUGCUCGUACUGAUGGUUUAGAUUGUAUAACCUUAGAAGGUGAUCAAGUAAGCAAGAAAGGUGGAAUGACUGGGGGAUUUUACGAUUAUAGGCGCUCAAAACUGAAAUUUAUGAAUAUAAUUAGGCAGAACACAAAGUCCAUCAACAUGAAGGAAGAUGAGCUGGAGAAAGUUAGGUUUAAGCUUCAAGAGAUAGACCAAAAAAUUACAGAGCUAGUCACUGAGCAGCAGAAAAUUGAUGCCAAGCAGGCUCAUGACAGAUCAGAAUUGGAGCAGCUAAAGCAGGACAUUCUUAAUGCUAAUAAGCAGAAAGAGUCCAUUUAUAAAGCUCUGCAAAAGAAGGAAAAGUUGCUUGCAGAUGUUCGGACUCAAAUUGAGCAGCUCAAAGCCAGUAUGGCUAUGAAACAGGCUGAAAUGGGCACAGAUCUCAUUGAUCACUUAACACCGGAAGAAAAACAUCUGUUAUCACGAUUGAAUCCUGAAAUAACAGACCUGAAAGAUCAGCUUAUCACAUGCAGAACGGAUCGCAUAGAGAUUGAAACAAGAAAAGCAGAGCUUGAGACCAAUCUAACCACCAACCUUGUUAGACGGAAGCUAGAAUUAGAGGCUAUAAUAUCUUCUGCAGAGACUGACAUUUGGAGUGGGGAAGCUGAGUUGAAGAGGCAAGAACUAAAGGAGGCUAAGUUGUUAGUUGAAGAUUUGACGCAGCGGCUCAAAAGAGUUUCUGAAAAUAUAGAUGAACGAACAAAGCAACUGAGGAAGAUCAAAGAUGAAAAAAAUAAGUUAAAGAGUUUGGAAGACAACUAUGAGAGGACGCUCCAGGAUGAAGCAAAAGAACUAGAGCAAUUAUUAAGUAAAAGAAAUCUUCUUCUUGCUAAACAAGAAGAUUACUCAAAGAAAAUCAGAGAAUUGGGUCCACUAUCCUCAGAUGCUUUUGACACAUACAAAAGGAAGAGCAUCAAAGAAUUGCAUAAAAUGCUUCACAAGUGCAAUGAGCAACUCCAACAGUUCAGCCAUGUAAACAAGAAAGCACUUGAUCAAUAUAUAAAUUUUACAGAGCAACGGGAAGAACUCCAGAAAAGGCAAGCAGAAUUGGAUGCAGGUGAUGAGAAAAUUAGAGAGCUUAUAUCAGUUCUGGAUCAACGGAAGGAUGAAUCGAUAGAGCGGACGUUCAAAGGUGUUGCUAGGCACUUUCGAGAAGUAUUCUCUGAACUUGUACAAGGUGGCCAUGGGUUUUUGGUUAUGAUGAAGAAAAAGGAUGGUGAUCAUGGUGAUGAUGACCAUGAUGAGGAUGGGCCUCGUGAAGCUGACAUGGAAGGAAGAGUUGAAAAAUACAUUGGUGUGAAAGUGAAGGUUUCUUUUACUGGGCAAGGGGAGACACAGUCAAUGAAGCAAUUGUCAGGGGGUCAAAAAACAGUAGUAGCCCUGACACUAAUCUUUGCCAUACAACGAUGUGAUCCUGCUCCUUUUUAUCUUUUUGAUGAGAUAGAUGCUGCCCUUGAUCCUCAGUAUAGAACUGCUGUUGGAAAUAUGAUUCGUCGCCUGGCAGACAUGGCUAAUACUCAGUUCAUAACCACAACAUUCCGUCCGGAGCUUGUGAAAGUUGCUGACAAGAUAUAUGGGGUGACACAUAAAAACAGAGUCAGCCAUGUCAAUGUUGUCUCCAAGGAAGAUGCAUUAGAUUUUAUUGAGCAUGAUCAGUCUCACAACACUGAUUAAGUGAGGUCCCUUGUGAGAGAGCUGUUACAUUAACGUUGGAUAUGCUGGUGGAACGUUGAAGUCUCUGUAUACUUGUGCUGCUAAGAGUGUAAACCAGAUCUACCUCUUACAACUAUACACCCUUUGCUCUGUACAAAACUGAUGUUUUCUGCCUCUAUGUUAACCCUUUUGUAGGUAGAACAACUUUGGAAGCAUAGAUGAUGGAUCCCCUAUAGGCUGAUAAAUAUGGAACACUGGAUGUUGCUUGAUUAACAGUGAGCCUGUUAUGGAACUUUAAUUGUCAUUAUUGUUAGUUUUUUCUUUUUCUUUCCUGAGAAAGGAUUUUAACUGUUAUUUAGGUUGAUUGACUCUGUGUUUUAACUUGUAUGUGGUGUACAUAUGCAUCCUAAUUUGGUAGGAGUAUGCUUUUUGGGAAACUGAAAACCCUAUUUGGCUGCAGACUGAAAAUGAAUUUCAUGAUCAA